AUGUUCUUCGCCCCGUCCUUCGACUUACACUCGAAUGGACUUCCUUCAAGCUCAUUCACCAUCCAUGCACCUGUCCGGCCACCUAGCCUUCUUCGAGCACAUCAGGAUCACUCACAACCAGCCAUAGCCUCUUCGAAUGCUCGGCCAGCCACAGCCGUCGUCCCAAUCCCUCAUUUCGCAGCCAUGGCCAUCUUCAACUCUCGUACUGACCUCCAGCCAGCUCCACUGAUCCCCGACGAGAGUCCAGUCCCAUAUCGAUCGCGAGAAUCGUCUUUGAUUGCUGUCACUCCUCAGCAUCAGCCAAGCAAUGGGGCCAAUCCCACUCCGAUCUACAUUCCGCAGACGACUGCCAGACCAUCAACUCACCUCAGUUUACCUGACCACUCUCCCCCUGCUUACUUUACGAGCUCACCUCCCAAGUCUUCGGAGCAGGUGUCCGCGUUGUGA